CGCACGGAACAUUCGAGACGAAUUACAUCGAAAGAUCGACGGAUUGCAUCAUUUACAUUUACAAGUGCAUAAUAUUAAUAAUCAAAAUGGAUGAUCAAAUCGAAAAAGACUAUGAAGACGAAUUAAAUUUACAAAACAUCCAUCGAGUAGAAAAUCUACUUUUAACGUUUGAAAACAGGACAUUAAAAGACAGAGUGAAGGUUUUGGAAGCACAACUUGCAAAUAUAAGAAAACGACAAAUAAAAGAAACCAAUGUACAUGCAUUAGGUUCAUUGCAAAAUAAACGACAAAAAGAAUCAUCAUCUGUAAAUGAAGAAUUAGAUGAGCUCCUGGACACACAAGCAGAUGAAGAAAAUGAACAAACAAAAGAAAAAGAAUCGUCAUCUGUAAGUGAAAAAUUAGAUGAGCUCCUGGACACACAAGGAGAUGAAGACAAUAAACGAGAAAAUGAAUCAUCACGUAUAAAUGAAGAAUUAGAUGAGUUUGUAGACACACAACCAGAUAAAGAGAAUAAACAAACAAGAGAUUCAUCACCUGUAAGUAAAAAAAAAUUAGAUGAGCUUCUGGACACACAAGGAGAUGAAGACAAUAAACGAGAAAAUGAAUCAUCACGUAUAAAUGAAGACUUUGAUGAGUUUGUAGACACACAACCAGAUAAAGAGAAUAAACAAACAAAAGAAUCAUCACCUGUAAGUAAAAAAUUAGAUGAGCUCCUGGACACACAAGGAGAUAAAGAGAAGAAACAAAAAAGAACACUAGCAGAAACCAAUUAAAUUCAAACAAUAAAUAUUAAUAAUUAAAAUAAAUUGGUCGUGGUGUUCGUGGCCGUAGUGGUCGCAGCCGUGGAAUUAACGUUUAUUUCUUUAGCUAUUAGCGUUAUAAAGACAGUAGAUUGUUUUAUAAAGACAUAGCAUUAUAAAGAUGGUAGAUUGUGUUAGUAAAUCACAUAUUAAGUAUAUUCUUUUUCCGCAUUACAUAUUUUGUGUUAUGAUUACAUAUUUUGUGUGAUAAAGA